AUGCCGUUUCAUCUGUGUGUUUCUUCGUCACACACAGUAAUUGAAGGUGUUGAAGGAGAGUCCAUCACUUUGCCAUGCAGUCACACAAACGUUAAACUUACAAGCAAAAAUCUUGUGGUUCACUGGAGACACAAUGACAUCAGGAACGUGCAUGAUAUUAUUCAGGGCAGGAUUUCUGUACAGGAACAGGACUCGGUGUAUAAGAACAGAGCAUCUGUUAAACUUGAUGAGUGUAUUAUGGGUGAUUGCUCUCUGACACUUACCCAACUUCAGGCUUCUGAUGGAGGAAUGUAUUUGUGUUACAUCCCCGCCAUGGGUCUUUUCCAGAAUGCAGAACUGAUCGUCAAAGGUAGAUCUUUCAAUGAAUACAGAGCUGAACAGUUAAGAAGCCAUGGUACAGAGACAAGACCGAGUCUGAUCCUAAUUCCUGUUUUUGGAUUUAUUCUGCACUUUAUUUAUUACUUAAUUUAAAGGGUAACUAAACCCCUGGUCAAAGCCUGACUCCACCCACUGGCAAUAUUUGAAAAAUGCAAGAAAAGUGAGCAGAUCCCAACGGAGAUAGAGGGGACGAACUAAGCUUGUACCAAGUGUGUGGUGAGAUCGUAACAAGGGCGUGGUGAGCUUGAACCCGCUUACGUCACGAGUUCUUUUUUGGACCCAACAUCCAAUAGGAAAAUUCAACUGCAGUAGCCACCGUUCAACCUGAAGAGGGCAGCACUCAGACGUUUUUACACCAUAUAUUGCAGUAUUGAAACACUUUAUAUCUUAAUGUCAAAAAGCGUACUAAAAUCAAUGAACAGCACUAAUAAAGGAUCAUUCUUACAGAUCAUUAACUAAAAAAAGUUGGUUUAGGGUUUAGUUACUCUUUAAAUUGUCUGUUCUACUGCACAUGAAGGACUGAUCCAGGAGCAGCUAUUAUAUUUUGACCAAGUCUACAAAUCAGUUGUAAAUCUGUUGUUAUUGUCUGUGUAAAUAUUUUUAUGUAUGUACAUAUGAAGAGUUUUUACCUUUAUAAAUAAACUUUGAAUCAACUACAA